AUGCUUCUCUUGUCCGUUCUCAGCGUUUUGCUGGGUGCCGCCGUCGCCCACCCUCUCGGUGCUCCGGCUGAUGCCAAGUCCUUGGAUAUUCGCCUAUCGGACAUGAGUCCUGCCUCGCCCCUUGAGACGCGUGCCGAGUGUUCAACUUUGGACACCGUUCUUGAAAAGAUUGGCACAAGCAGCGAAGUUGUUGUGUACGCCAGCACCGGCGGUCUUACGGCGCUCUACGUCUGCAGACGCGUGCAUGGGAACCAAUGCGACGAGCUUGCCGGUGCCAUUGCGGCGGCCGUGGCCAGCAUUUUCCUGAUCCUGCAGCGAUCCGGCGCUAUCUCGGCCCGUGACGGCGAAACCGUCGAGUCGCUCGUCGACUUCCUUACCCGCGAGCUGUCCAGCGAUGGUGCGACGUUUGAGUCCAUCACCGACGCCACGCCUCAUCUCCUGGCGCGCUACGACAGCGCAGAGCGCGUUCCGGAAUCGGUUGCGAGCGUGCAGGGCCUCAACUACCUCAACACAACACUCAGCAUGGACGUCUACGACUUUGGCGGCGGCGAGGGACACAUCUACCUGCCCUUCAACGAUGAGCACAUCACCAAGCGCAUGGAGAAGCGCGCCACGGCCCCGGGAUUCAAGAUUGCCUACACCACCCGUCUCCAGUCCAAGCUCACCCGCGCUCACCAGAUCCAGAUGUCCCAGAGGCUGGCAACGUACUGGAACACUCGUGCCAACUGCUGCAACAUGCAUGAUCUCAUCGGCUUCGUCGAGACCGGGCACUCUGCCAACUUUUACUUCCGAAUCAUUCCCGAGACGGUCAACUUUGGUCUCAACUACGAGACCGUCGACUCUUGCGGUCAGAUGGCUCGCUUCCUCUAA